AUGGCCGAUACCAAGACACCCAUGGAUCCUCCGCCCUCCUAUGAUUCCACCACCCAGCCCGCCCCCGUAGCAAUGGGCGCGCCCGCCCCUCCACGCACGCCCGUCCCCCGCGCACCGCUCCCCCUCGACCUCCCAGCCCUAAACAUCCUCCGCGGCAAACGCGUAAUCCUCGCCUCCAGCUCUCCGCGUCGAAAACAGAUCCUCGCCCACCUCGGCCUCACAAACCUCGCCAUCAUCCCCUCGAGCUUUGCGGAGAACCUCCCCAAGUCCCUUACGCCGUUCGAAUACGUGCUGCAGACCGCGACGCAGAAGGCGCUGGCCGUCUAUGCGAAAGAGAUAGAUAACUCCUCGGGCGGUCAGGAGCCGGCGCUCAUUAUAGCUGCUGAUACUAUCGUCGUCAGCCACCUGGGGGACAUCCUUGAGAAGCCGCGCAGUGAGAAGGAGCAUAUCGCGAUGCUGAAACUGUUGCGGGACGGUGGGGUACACAAAGUAUUCACCGCCGUGGCGGUUAUGGCGCCCUUGGAGAGCGCCAAGGAUCCCGGCUAUGCACUCGAGACGUGUGUUGAGGAGACGUCGGUGAGAUUCGACGCGGCCGUGACGGACGAUUUGAUCUUGUCGUAUGUGAAGACGCGAGAGGGGGCGGACAAGGCGGGCGGGUACGGGAUCCAGGGGAUGGGAAGCAUACUGGUGGAGCGGAUUGAGGGGACAUUUGAUAAUGUGGUGGGGUUGCCGCUGAGGGCGACAUUGCAGCUUAUCGAGAAGGUUGUGGUGCAGGCGGGGGAGAAUGAAGGAGAAGAGGAUCUGUUAAAGGGGUAUGGAGAUGAAGACGAGGAAGUAUGA